AUGUUUUAUUAUAGGCAUCCUGCUGAUCAUGCAACAUAUUUAAAACGGUUAAAUGAGAAGUCUCGUUCAGAAGUUGUUAAUGGUGAUUAUCCUUCAAUAUGGCGUUUCGCUUCAUCCCCAGACGCCUACGAAAUAUUAGAUUGCGGACAUUUAGAACCGUAUUAUAUUCAAAUAUUAUUCGCUUUGAAAGAAAGAGAUAAUGUUCGUUCAAUCGGUUCUGUGUUUGUCCCAAAUCUGUUGCAAUUAUUCGAUGUCAUUCAGUUAAAUUGGCGUCAAAUGGUUCAUGAUCUUAAAACAGCAAAACCUGCAGAUGAUUCACCCAUUUGGUCUAGUAUAUCACUGGCACUUAGACAAACUUUAAUUGAGAAAUUACGACCACCUGAACCAAAAUUAGUGGACAAUAUUUAA